CAAAUGCCAUCACUAAUUUCUUAGGCGACAACAAAAUUAAUAUUUAUUUAUUAUUGUUAUUUGCAAAAAGGAGACAGUAUUUACAAUGUACGCACUGCUCCAUGGAUUCUACAAAUACAUGACACAGAAGGACGACUACUGCGUGGUAAUCCUCGGAUUAGACAAUGCUGGAAAAACGACUUACCUGGAGGCAGCAAAAACAAAGUUUACCAAAAACUACAAAGGACUGAAUCCUAACAAGAUCACCACCACAGUGGGCUUGAACAUUGGAACUAUCGACAUUCAGGGAGUGCGCCUCAAUUUUUGGGACCUUGGUGGACAGCAGGAAUUGCAAUCCUUGUGGGACAAGUACUACCAGGAGUCGCACGGUGUCAUCUAUGUUAUCGACUCCAAUGACCGGGAGCGUAUGGACGAGUCUAAGAUUAUAUUCGACAAAAUGAUCAAGAACGAGCUGCUGUCUGGAGUUCCGCUGCUUAUUCUAGCCAACAAACAGGACCUGCCUGACGUGAUGGGUGUGCGCGAGAUUAAGCCCGUCUUCCAGCAAGCCGGAGCUCUGAUCGGCCGUCGAGACUGUCUCACCAUUCCCGUGUCAGCUCUUCACGGCGAAGGCGUAGACGAGGGAAUUAUCUGGCUGGUGGAGGCUAUAAAGCGGCAUGCGGUGGUGCGUCCACCACGGGAGAAUGACUAGCCAACAGCCCGAUAGCUCGCCAAGCGCCAUAGCUGCACAACGUUUUUCAUGAAUGGCUUUAACAAGAAUUGUAUUUUUGUACUUUUAAGGCUAAAUUACGCUUAAUUGAUAUCUAGGGAGAUUGUGAGUCACUGUGUAUACAUAUUGUUAUGAAAGCGGCAGUUUGUCGCAUCCCCUCAUUAGUGCAGUUUAAGUGCAACGAUUUAGAUUAAGAAAAAGUAAUCUGGAAAAUGGGAAAUAGCUUAACCUAUUUAAAAAAAUAUAUAUUUAUAGAUCGCUAUAGUCAAGCCGCUACCACCUUGGGUCGGUGGUGUUUUAGAGUUCCCAUUAAAAGUGUGUUUAUCUUUACCUACCUACUUUAUUUGUAAAGAAGCCCCUUCCAUUUUCCGUUUUUUUUACCUUAACAUUUCCAUUGAUGUGUAAUUUCAGUAAGAACUUUUUUAAUUUAUAAUUGUUAUAAUUUUGACGGUUAAACAGAUGUAAUUGUAACUUUAUCCUUUAAAUAUUUCGAAAAUGUAUAAAAAGUUUGAAAAGUUGAA